AUGAUCUUCGGAGUGGUCGUCCGUUAUCCGCCAUCAUUCAACAAAAACAUUGAUGUAGCUGAAGAUCUGGUGAAUGAUGAUCCACAUAUUAUUAUUGAUUAUGUUGCUGCCAUCUUAGAUACAGUUAUUACAUCACUUAUUGCGGUGGAUACUCGAAGAUAUUAUACGUCUAGCAAAUAUUGUUCUCCAUUUUAUUAUGUUCAAGCAGAAAAAAUCAAAGUUAUGGCUUAUCCACCAUAUUCACCUAAUCUUGCACCUUUGGAUUUUUGGUUGUCCAAUUAUCUGAAACGUGACCCUGCUACAUGCUCAGAUGGAACAAGUUUAGCCAAAAUCUUAUCCAAGGAGCUCAAUUCACUACCUAUUCAUGAAUACCCAAAGACCUUUUAG